AAAAUCUGUCAAUAGGAAGUGGAUCCAGAAUAACAUUGCUUAAAAACUUACUAAACAUAACUAAACAAAUAAUUCUUGAGAAAAAGUAUUUUAAAACUUAAACUUCAAAAGGAAAACAAAUGUUUAAAAACCCUCAAAAAUGGAUUUGAUUUGAAAGAAAUUCUACAUGUAUAUUCUACAAAACUAUAGCCAAUAUACAACUUAAGAGUGAGGACUAUAGUCCCCAACACCAAUUAAUUAGCUCCACAGACACUGCCCCCCAGAAAAAACAAAGCUUACAAACAAAAAAACACAAAAUACUCCACAACACGAAGUACAAUCAGGGCCGCCUGUCGGAUGGAAGAUCUAAAAGUGAGCCAAGUCACGAACAAGGCCUGGGCGACUGAGGCCAAUCUGGCAAUUGGCCAGCCAGCCGACCGCUUCCGGCCAGAUGAGAUGGCCAUCUCGACAUGAGGCCGAACAUUUCCGUGUUCUGGAAUUCUGGAGUUUAGAGCCAGUGCCCUGGAGCGGAGGCAGUACAAAAACCGCAUUCAAUCGCUCAAACAGAACAGUUUUCCAAAUGACUUCCGCUCCAGGCUCCACCAGACUCCCAUUACCACUGAUUGUGACCCUGGCCGGGCUGCUCCUAGUGGCCCUCGGCCAGGCGGCCGUCGAGGCGGCCGGCGAGGACUUUGAUGUCGACUAUUCGAACGAGUACGACGAUGUGAGGCCGCAUCUGGAGUACCCGGAUGUACCGAGGCUGGACAAACGGAUCGGAGAUGCUGCCCGGGAGUUUGGCCAGAACAUCACCCAGGCCUGGCACUCGAUGGUCGACUCCUUCAAGAACUACUUCGAGGAGCUGAAGAGCCUUUUCGGAGCCUCUCCCUCAGACCCCGACGCCGCCAACGAAGUAUUUUCAUCCUAUUGAAGUUGAAUAAUUUUUGAAAAUAAAACCAAUUAAUUGGAAG